UUAACUAUAAGACAUACAUAUAAUGUAAGGAAGAGAAAGAGAGGUUUCCUUUUUAUAAUAAUAUCUACGUAACAUACUUUAUUUCACUUUUGGUAAUGGGUUACUCUGAUCUUACUGAUGGGAAAAAAUAUAAAUACAUAUAAAUACACCUGCACGUUCCCCUAUUUUUUUUUAAAUGGUCACAUCUUUUUUCUUAUAUUAACAUAUGCCACAAAAUAAAGAACUAAAGACGUUUGAAGAAGCUGAAGUACGCAAACACAACUCUACUGAAGAUCUUUGGAUUAUUAUCGAUGAUGCAGUGUAUGACCUUAGUAGGUUUGUUGAUUUACAUCCAGGUGGUGCUUUCCCCUUGAUCGAAUACGCUGGAAAGGAUGCAACAGAUGCAUUCUACGGUUUACAUAGACAAGACGUAUUGCUAAAGUAUGAGCGAUAUAAAAUUGGAACCGUUAUUGGACAUAAAUCUCAAAUCCAACUGAGAGAACCAGGAGCAAUAUCAAGAGUACCUUAUGCCGAACCAAACGCCUGGCAAGGAUUUAAGUCAGCCUAUUACACAGAAUCACACUUCAAGUUUAGAGACGCUGUCCGAAAAAUCCUUGAUCCAUUAAUUGAAGAGGCAAGACAAUAUGAGGACUCUGGAGAAAAGCCUUCGGAUGAAUUUGUUCAAAAACUUGGUGCUCAUGGUAUUCUUGCUGCCAACGUUGGACCCGGCCCGUGGCUCGAUGGAUUCAAGCUUCCAGGAGGCAUUGCUUCUUCAGAGUACGACUACUUUCAUGAGCUCUUGCUUCAUGGAGAAUUUGCUCGUUUUUCAGCUCCAGGAUUUACAUCUGGUGUGUUGGGAGGCAUGACGAUUUCUAUCCCUACCGUUCUCAACUUUGGUAAACCUGCUUUAAAGGCCAAGGUCGUCCCAGAAGUAUUCAGUGGAAGAAAACGAAUGGCCCUUGCCAUUACAGAACCUUACACUGGUUCUGAUGUGGCAAGUAUCAAGACAACAGCUGUAAAGACACCUGAUGGAAAGCAUUAUAUCGUCAAUGGCGUCAAAAAGUGGAUUACAAGUGGUCAUUUUGCUGAUUAUUUCUCAACCGCUGUACGUACCGAUAAAGGAAUUUCCAUGCUUCUCAUUGAGCGCUCUGAAGGAGUUGACACAAAGUUAAUCAAGACCUCUUAUUCCACUUCUGCUGGUACCGCCUAUGUUACUUUUGAUAAUGUAAAAGUUCCUGUAGAAAAUCUACUUGGCGAAGAAAAUAAGGGAUUCUACGUCGUCCUCUCGAAUUUCAAUCAUGAACGCUGGAGUAUGAUCACUGGUGCUGUCAUGGCUGCUCGUGUUGCAGUUGAGGAGUGUUUCAAGUGGGCACAUCAAAGAAAAGUAUUCGGAAAACGUUUAAUUGAUCAACCAGUCAUUCGCUUCAAAUUAGCUCGUAUGGUCUCGGCGGUAGAAAGCACACAUCAUUGGGUUGAAAAUCUAACCUAUCAAAUGAAUCAUAUGAACUACAAGGAACAGAGCAAGCACCUCGCUGGUCCAAUUGCUCUAUGCAAAUACCAUGUCACCAGAAUGUUACAUGAUGUUUCGGAUGAUGCAUGCCAAAUAUUUGGUGGAAGAGCUAUUACCAAGACUGGAAUGGGAAGACAAAUUGAAACUUUGCAAAGGACAUACAAGUUUACUGCUAUUCUUGGUGGUAGCGAGGAAGUCAUGGCAGAUCUUGGUAUACGUCAAGCAAUGAAAAAGUUUCCUACUUCAGCGCGUUUGUAGUUUUAAUAAAUACAGCUAGGCUGGUGGAUAUUGGCGAUUACAAAAAAAAAAAAAAAAAAAUCAAACAGUUGCCGAAGUGG